AUGUCCUGCCAGGGACCCCGGCCCAGCUGGGUCAGCACUGCAGAGAGUUCAUUUUCUCAGUCAUCCAACGCCUCCCACUUUAUAAGGACACUGAGAGCCAAAGGAGUGCCCAUCCCAAAGCUGUGGCAGAAGCAAGAUGACAAAAAGACGUCAUCCUCUGGAAAGUGUCACAGUAACACACACAGGUUGUGCUGUGGCUGUAAGGCCCACCACCUUCAGAAGUCGACCUGUGGCAAAUGUGGCUACCCUGACAGGAGCAAGAGGAAGUGUAACUGGAGUGCCAGGUCUAAGAGACGGAACAUCACCAGGACUGGUCAGACGAGGCACCUGAACAUUGUCUAUGGCAGAUUCAGGCAUGGAUUCCAUGAAGGAACAACACCUAAGCCCAAGAGGGCAGCUAUUGCAGCAUCCAGUUCAUCAUGA